CCAAUGUAAACAUGUUUUAAAAAAAAUAAAAAUAAAAAAUAAAAAAACCGUAAACACGUUCUACUUUAAUUAAAACAAAAAACAAAAACAUGAAAAAAAACUUAAACACGUUCUAUGUGAAGUACUGAACUUAACUGAAAGGAAACCUAGGCAUCAGCAAACACUUCCACUAAUGGCGGCAUCUUCAAAUAACGAAACCUCUGCAACCAAAACCCUAAACCCUUCCGUCGAAAACCCUAAAACGAACGGCCACGAUUCCACCGCUCAAUCCCAUCGGACGACCCCGCAAGAACCAUCACAAGAGCCACAAAACGACGGCGAUGGACAACCUUCCGAUACUCAAUCAGCGGACGCAAUCGAAUUGGCCGAGAAGCGAAAGAGAGUGGACCCCCCGGAGCCAUCGGCGAAGAUAGAAUCAAGUAGUCCUCUUCACCCUCUGUGGAAGACGAGUCUCUGUUCGUAUUUCCGGCGAUCGGACGGGUCUUGUAGCCACGGCGACACUUGCCGUUACGCCCACGGCGAGGAGGAGCUCCGACCCAAACCCGACAACACGUGGGACCCAACAUCCGAGAGGGCCAAGAAGCUGUUGAAGACCGAGAAUGGAGAGAAAUCGGAACGGGCCGGAGUUUCGGAUUCAAGAGAAGCUGGUGUUAUGAUGACAGACGCUCUGGCCGACAAUGAUACGGACUCGGCGCUUGUGAAGUGCUUGGUGCAUCUUCCGAUGAAGUGGGAUGCAGGCAAAUUGAGGAGUUUUCUUAGUGAGCAGGGAAUUCUCUACAAAUCAGCCAAGAAAAAGAAAGGUAUGAGUGCAGGUUUUGUGAAUUUUGAUAAUGCAGAACAAGUGAAAAGAGCUGUGGAGGAGCUAGAUGGAAGAUCUGUGGGAAACAAGAACUUAAAGGUUUCUGAUGUUGUUCCCCGACCAUUUGAGAAGAAAACUAGAUUGUCAAUGCCUCCCCCUCAUUGCCCCCAACAAACCACAAAACCAGCAUCAGCUGUUGACAAUGCGGAGGUCUCUGAAUCUUCAAAUGGGCUUCAGGAUGUUGAUACAAUUGAUGACAGUUUAACUCCCAAUGGUUUGGGAUUAAAGGCAAGAAAUGUGCGUGAUGCAGUGACACCACUUUCUCAUAUGCCCUAUGUCGAUCAGCUGGAGCACAAGAAAAAUUCUCUCAUGCAAAUUCUCAAACGACUUACACGCCAUGCACGUAAAGCUUGUCCGAAUGGUGUUUCACUUCCAGAAUGGAUUCUUAAAUCUAGGGAAACAGGCGGCCUUGCAUGCAAAUUAGAGGGUAUAGUUGAAUCGCCAGUUGUAAAUGGAUACCGGAACAAGUGUGAAUUUUCUGUUGGAUAUUCUCUGGAAGGCAAACCAACUGUGGGGUUUAUGCUUGGGAACUUCAGGGAGGGUGUGACUGCUGUUGAGGAACCUGCAGACUGCCUCAAUGUUUCUAGAAUUGCUUGCAAAUGUGCUGCCAUAUUUCAAGAGUUUCUACAACAUUCAGGCUUACCAAUUUGGAACAGAUUGAAUAAUACUGGAUUCUGGCGUCAGUUAACAGUUCGAGAAGGAAGAGAGCCAGGCAAGGGCGCCGAGGUUGAAGAUUUUGGGGCCAAUAUUUCAGAGGUCAUGCUCAUGGUUCAGGUUUGCUCAGUGGGCUUUGACGAUGAAAUGGUAAACAGUGAACUUGAGAAGAUGAGUCAAGCUUUUCUUGUGGGAGCUUCUGCUGAUUCUCCUCCUUUGCCUCUAACAGCGUUAGUCCUUCAGGAUCAUAAGGGAAUAUCAAAUGCAGCACCAGCUGAUGCUCCAUUGCGCUCACUGCCCCUUCCAAGAGCAGAAACUGUGUCUGGACUUGAUGCAGCAAAUGAUGAUGUAGAAGCAAGGAUUCAUGAUUAUAUAAGCAAUCUUAAGUUUCGUAUUUCCCCAACAGCUUUUUUCCAGGUAAACACCUUAGCUGCAGAGAAGUUGUAUUCACUUGCUGGGGAUUGGGCUGAUUUGGGCCCUGAUACCUUGCUUUUUGAUAUUUGUUGUGGGACUGGAACAAUUGGCCUCACAUUAGCUCGCCGUGUUGGUAUGGUUGUGGGCAUUGAAAUGAAUGCUUCUGCAGUUUCGGAUGCUCUCAGGAAUGCUGAAAUUAAUGGCAUAAAAAACUGCAAAUUUGUAUGUGCAAAGGCUGAGGACGUGAUGGGAUCUCUACUGAAAGAGUACCUAAAUUUGCCUCAGAAACAAGAUGAGGUAUCAAAUGCCUCUGAAAGCAAUAAUGAAGAAAUUAUUAAUGUUGAAAGCAGAGGUACCUGCAAUGACAAUGUAGCAGACCCCAAAGAUGGUGAAAGUGCAUCUGGGUGUUCCAAAAAUGGCAACCCAGAACUUACAAAGCAGCUUCUUAAUAGUUGCACUUCAGAAAGUGGGACCACUUCAAUGCGGCAAUUUAAAAAUGUUGUUGCUAUUGUGGAUCCUCCACGUGCUGGACUUCAUCCCACUGUAAUCAAAGCUCUUAGAACACAUCCUGGUCUACGAAGGCUCGUUUACAUUUCCUGUAAUCCUGAAAGCUUAGUAGCAAAUGCUAUUGAACUCUGUACACCAUCUGCUGAUCAAUCUGAAAAGGGGAACAAGAACAACAGGGGAUGGAGGAACAUGAGCAGCGCUGGGCUGGCGCGGCAUAGGGCCAAGUCUAUGCCCAACUCAGAGCCUUUCCAACCCAUCAAAGCUAUGGCUGUUGAUCUUUUUCCUCAUACUCCGCACUGUGAACUGGUGAUGCUUCUGGAGAGGUAAAAAAAAAAAAAAAAAAAAAUUGAGCUUGAUUUGACAGGCUUGUUUACAAUUUUUUUUUUUUUUUUUUAAAGGAGAGGUUCGUUUUAUUUAUUUGCAAAUAAACCGAAUAUUCAAAAUUGUUGUAUUUAACUCCGAGUAAUAUAAUGAAAGUCUCUGAUCACGAGGAGCAUCUCUUUAUUUUCUUAA